AUGACUCCCUCAUCGCUCAAGAAGAUGAGUGGGGCUCAAGAGAGUAAAGAAGGUAAUUAUGCUUCGUUGGAGAAAACACCAUCGGGUAGGUUCACUAUUUGCGAUCUGGGGCUUACACUUCUCCCCGGAUCACAGAUUCAGAGAAAGGACGAGAAGGGAUCAGGGACUGCUGCUGAGAGCGGUCCAAAAAACCCAGCCAAAAAAUGUAUUGGAAGAUCGGAACAAUGGAAGUCUUUUGAGACUGGGAUCCAACUAAAGCAUCCAGCCCGGGAAACAGAUAUUCCCAACGAGGCCAAGAGCCCAAGCAGCUCUCAAUAUCCUGGUCUAGAAUCAGCAAAACCCUCAAAUGCGACGGCUCAAAUCAACCGAGAACGGCCCUUCUCUCAGGACUUUUCUGCAAAGGAUGGCAGUGGCGUGGUGCAGCACAAUGGUAACUCCAUCGCCGCAGCUCCAUACGAUGAGCAGAUAAUGGGUACCGGUGAGGUUAGGAAUGCGAACAGCUGUCAAAAUGAUGACUCUUUUCCUCGUACCGCGAAACGGAGGAAGCUUGGAAGCCGUGCAUGUAACCAAAUGCGAGAUUCAAAAGUAAACAAAGGAAAAGAAGCGGCAUUUGAAACCAACUAUAACCGAUUUUACGUGCAUCAACAUCAAGAUCUGUCCGAAAUCAAUGCUGUUCACUCAGGAAAGGAAAAAUCAUCAGUUGCAACAAUCGGUGUUCCCUUCGGCGGACCCGGAGGAGGCUUAGGAUCUAGCAAGCCAGAAUCACGGCCCCAAAUCAAACAUAGCCCAGACAGUGCUCGUGCUCGUUCUCAUCAAAGCACGAUUUUAGUAUCGGAAGGUAUAGCUCUGCAUGGCAAUUCUGCCUCAAGAUCUCCAGCGAAGCACCAAUACUCUGAACCAGGAGAGCUGGCAUUGCACCAUCAUCCUACCAACUCUUCGAAAUCUAUCUCCACGCAACAUUGGAAGCAUUCGAGCCUGUUCUCUGACACCCCCGCAGACACUCGAACACAAGUGUUGAAGCCCAGGAAGGAAGUGAAUAGGUCUUGGACCAAUCAUUUUCCGGCCAAGGCGAAAAUUCCUCGCCGCGCUAACCUACCCGCCUCUUCUUUACUAUCAGCUCCAUCCACACCUAGCGAAGAUCAUCAACAUCCACACCCGAUUAAUGCUCUACCAACAUCUACGAAUCUUCAUGCGAAUACACCCUCCUCGAGCACACAUUAUUCACCUUCACUGCUCAAAUAUCUUAGCCUGUCAAUAGCUUCCAAUCAUCCGUUAGACCUUUGUGCUCAAGAGAAUACCUUUGACACUGCACUUGGUCAUAAGAGCCACUUAUCUCGAAGACGUUCUGCUUCAAUGCCAAACCUCUCGUCAACGUGGGCACCAAUGAAUAUGAAUUCCUCCGACCGUUUCGGGCCAACCUCAUUGCCCACUCCACCCCGUGAACGACCAAGCUCGCUCCCGCCUUAUGGGAAUGGACCGUUCCUCCAAAACCUUGUCGGCCCUCCUCAUGGUCAAGUCGACGCGUCUUUCAAAGCAGACGACUCUUCCGCCCGCAAUUGGCAACUCAAUUCGAACUUCCAGGGUCAACACGGCAUCAGCCUCUCGGAUAGGCAGAGUGUAGCCUUCACACCUAGCCUUCAUCCUCGCCAAGCCUUGACACAGCCGUCGAACCACCAAGACAUGACCGGCCCAUCCGUAACCGCAAUGGCUGCCGUUGGACCACAGGAUAGUCGCCGACGGUUGGAAAUAAAACCCAACUACAGCCAUGAGGAGGUUAAGUCGCUCAUGUUCAAUUUCGUCCGACAAGCGCAAACGCUAAAAGUAGAAAGCGCAAAUUUGCAGUCCUUAAAUACUGCCAUGAAGAAAGGCUUUGAGAGCCUCCAACAAGGAAAAGCUGAUCUGAUGCAACAGAUCCAGCGCUACGAGCGCACUGUUGCACAAAAGGACCAGCAGAUUGAGGCCAUGCGAAGACAAGGCUCUUCGCUACAGCACCAGUACAAGCGAAUCUGGGACGAACAUCACCAACUCCUUGCAACUAUACGGAAGGAGAAUGGCACUGGUAACCCUAGCGCAAUAGCUAAGAAAAUUCGGUGGAAUCAUUCGCCCAAUGCUGUUGGCGCAGCUAGCCAAGGCGAUCAAUCUAGCGAAAAGGCGUCCCCAGUGUAUUCUGCCAAUGGAGCACAGCUACCCAUCUCGAGACACGCUUUCGAACAGGCACAUACGGGACCCCACCGACAUUUUCAGCCAGUAUCUGUUCCUUGCUCAUCAGAGGCAAAUGUAAUCAAUGCCUUGAACCGGUCCUUGUGCCAGCAAGGGAACGCUGCCGCAUACCACAAUGGCGCAAGUCCAUCGCAGACAGCGUCAUUUCCUGCUUACCCAAAGGCAAGUGUAGCGAACGCUUCGAGCCGGGCUUUGGUGCAACCACGGUUCGCUGCCGCGAACCCCGACAGCGAAAACUCACCGCACGAUGGAUCCACUAGAUGGGUACCUUCAGAUCAACCACUCGGUGCCACUGUCCAAACAGUGACGACCAAUGGUCAGAACGAUCAGCGCCCCACAGAACAUGUACCCACUGAGUGCGUGACCAUCGACCUCACGGACGAUUCUCAGUCACCCUCGUCUUCGGUACUCCAGACACGUCAAUCAUCUGUUCAGGGUGGAAAUCCACCCUGCGACCUUCCAUCGGGCCAAUACCCACCAGAUCAAUACCCAAUAGGGCACGUUGUAUCAAGUCAAUAUCCGUCAGAUCCGACCGCACAGAACCAAAUGUCCCAGAGCCAACUACCACCGAACCGAAACUCACAAGACGAGAGCCUGGAAGCCAGGCAAAGUCAAAAGGAAGCAUUUGCUCGCAUGACCCAGAAAUCUUGUCCCUGGGUCCAAGGAGAAAAUCCCUUUAGAAAGGGAACAAAGACUGAACAGCAAGUUGGGCUGCCAAAUUCCAGACGACCCUCACAAAGCAGCGCGGAGGAACCCGUUUCUUUUGCCCAAUCUCCGCAAGCGGGUCGUGUGGCGCCCUUGCCGGAGACCGCGACUGGCCGAAAGACCAAAAAGAAAGCCCCAGAGAAGACAAAGGUUGCCCUGGACGCUGAAGCUAAAAAGGAGAGGGCGAAAGCUUACAGGAAGACCGCUGCGGAGAAGAAGAAGCGAGAGAAGGAAGCUGCAAAGCAAUCGCUUCCGGACGAGAAUAUGCCGAACAAUGCCAUGCGCGCUCAAAAGCAAGGCAGAAGAACAGCCAAAGGAGAAAAACGCCUGGAGCAAGCUCGAAACCCGUCGGAAGAACCCGGUUCACGGGAGCCUCAAAAGACGCUAGAUGGUCGAUUGUAUCAAGACGACGCUGGCGUCCAGCAAGUCUUACACGAAGAAAGCGUGAGGCAAGAGGCGUCGGAUGACCACGAUUCGCUUUUCGGAGAGAGUGAAGCGGAGGGCCGGGAAGAUGCAAUUUCACCAGAUGCUGACAUUUUCAUGCACGACGACGCUGCUGCCACGGAGCAAGAUAGGGAGGCUGCAUUUGCGGCAGAAAUCGAGGCAGAAUUCGAAGCAGAUGUAGAUGCUGGAAGAAUGGUAGGUUUCGAGCAGGGUGAUGCGUCCAGUGGCCAGACCUCUGACCCAAUCGCCCCACCCAACAGCGAUGAUGGAUUUCAUGAUUUCUCUGAGGAGAGCGAGGAGGAAUAG